CUUACGUAACAGAACCUAACUAAAAUCCAGAAAAGAAUCGUACAUUUGAGGUUGUCAAAGCCAGGUGGUGAUAAACAGCAAAACCAACGAGUUCAAGAGUAAGGAGUCAGCACUCACCACCACCACCAGCGGAGGAAGAUGGUGUUCAACCAUCAAAACAUCCUCCUUAUAUCUUUUCUGCUAACAAUAACAACAACAUUAACAUAUGUUAAAGCUUCAGAAGAAUCAAACAUAAUAUCACGUUUCCAACAAUACCUACAAACCAGAACAGACCAUCCAACACCAAACUACACUCAAUCUACCAAUUUCCUAACAACACAAGCCAACUCCCUCUCACUCCAAUCUCAAACCAUCGAAUUCGUAUCCGGAAAGCCACUAAUCCUUCUCAAAUGGACAGGAACAAAUUCAAACCUUCCAUCCAUUAUGCUCUACUCUCACACUGAUGUUGUCCCCGCCGAGCACGACAAGUGGGAUCAUCAUCCGUUUGAAGCCCAUGUGGAUGAUGAAGGAAGAAUUUAUGCAAGAGGGUCACAGGAUAUGAAGUGUGUUGGUAUGCAGUAUCUUGAAGCUGUUAGGAAUCUUAAAGGAUGGGAUUUUCAGCCUAAGAGGACUGUUUAUUUGGUUUUUGCUCCUGAUGAGGAGGUUGGUGGACAUGAUGGUGCGGAGAAGUUUUCUCUUUCAAAGGUUUUUCAAGAAUUGAAUGUUGGUGUAGUGCUUGAUGAAGGGCUGGCUUCUCCGGAUGAGCAUUACAGGGCGUUCUAUGGAGAGAGGAGCCCAUGGUGGCUGGUGAUCAAAGCCGUUGGGGCUCCAGGACAUGGGUCCAAGCUUUAUGAUAAUUCUGCUAUGGAGAAUCUUUGGAAGAGUAUUGAAAACAUCCAAAGGUAUCGCGCCUCACAGUUCGACUUGAUCAAGGCCGGCUUGAAAGCUGACGGGGAUGUUGUUUCUAUUAACAUGGCCUUUUUGAAGGCUGGAACUCCAUCGCCAACAGGUUUUGUCAUGAAUUUGCAGCCAUCUGAAGCAGAAGCUGGAUUUGAUAUUAGAGUACCACCAACUGCUGAUACAAAAUCAUUGGAGAGGCGAAUUGCUGAAGAGUGGGCACCUACUUCGCGCAAUAUGUCUUUCACUUUCAAAGAAAAGAUAUCUGUGCAUGAUGCGUCCGGGAAACCAGUCUUCACCAAAACUGACAGUUCCAAUCCAUGGUGGGCAUUGUUAAAAAAUGCUGUCGAAGAGGCUGGUGGGAAAAUUCGUAAGCCAGAGGUUUUUCCUGCCUCCACAGAUGGACGCUUUUUCCGCAAUCUUGGAUUGCCGACAAUUGGAUUUUCACCUAUGGCAAACACUCCCAUUCUACUCCAUGACCACAAUGAGUAUCUUCACAAAAGUGAAUACUUGAAAGGGAUUAAAAUAUAUGAGUCAAUUAUUAAAGCAUAUGCAUCCUUUGAUGAACAUGGAAGAGAUGCUAGGUCCAAAGACGAGUUAUGAGCAAGUGGUGUAGCAUCUCCCCCCUUCCUUAAUGCAUACACUCUGGCUUUGUCUCAGAUGUACAUUAUUUGAAGUGACUCAAUAUUAGUUUUUGGUAUGCAGUUAAUUUGAUGUGUAAAGUAAAGAGGAAACAAACUUUGGCAGAAGCAACUUAGCUUUGUGUGAAUGUUUUCAUGAUUUAAUUUUCUGUACAUAUUUUUGUAAUGGAAAACCACUCUAAAAUGAAAAAGCAACAACAAUAUGCUUCUCCAGAA